AUGUCUGUGAGAUUAAUUUUGCGAUCAUCGUGUGAAUUUGUGCGUGACCGAGCGCGUGGAUGGAAUCUUUUUAAUACUCGAUCAUCCGAUCCAUUAAUCAUUCGUCAAGAAAUCUUAUCAACUCGUCUCUAUAUUAUUCUUGUUAUGAUUUCUCUCAUUAUUUUAACCACAUAUACCACAAUUAACAAUCGAAUCGAGAAUAAAACAGUGACAUUUCCAAGUCAAUCUCUUUAUGAAAAACUUCAAAAGAAAUAUUCCGAUAGCUUGGAAUGUUCAUGUACAAAAGUUUCUAUUCCUCAUGGAAAAUUUGUUCGAAUAAUUCCAAAAUUUCAUCAAGUGUGUUUAACAGAUUUUGUCUCUCAAAAAUGGAUCGAUUUUAUAUUCAAAGUAAAUGUCGAACUGAUUAUGCCAUUCGACGUGCGAACAAGUAUGAGUGCAAUAUGGCAAUUAAUUCGAUCAUUUUGUCAAAGUGCAACAAAUACGACUAUUGAUGCACUUGAUCAAUUCGAGAAUUCUCCAUGGGUAAAUCCAACAUUAGUGACUAAACAAAUAUUAAACGCAAAAGUUCAAACAACUUUAAAUUUAUCACGUCAAACAACAGCAUCUAAUUUUAUACAAUCGAUAAAAUUUGUUCAUAAAAUGGCACAAGCAAAUCAGUUAAUAACAGGAUUAUUAACAAAUUAUAUCGCUACCACAAAAGCAGGAAUAGUCAUACAUUUUGCUUUUCCUCCGCAAGCUGAAAUCAAAGGAAACAUAUAUAUACAAAAAGGAUCUAUGAGACGUUGUUCUUGUAAAGAUGAAGAAUCAUGUCCUUUACCGGGAAAUCUUUAUUUGUAUGACAACAAUAUAAAAGAGAAACGUGAAACUUAUGAUUUAAAUCAAAUUGAAGCAAAUGAAAGUUUAGCUGGUAUAAUAAUUGAUUGUUUACCAAUCCAAUCAACAUUUUUAUCAUCCUUAGAAUGUUUUUAUGAUCAAUCAUGUUUGAAUAUUUUUCUUUCAACUUAUCAAACAAAGAUGAAUAUUUCAAUUCUCAAUCAAUCAUUAACAAGUCGUUUUAGUUUAAAUACAACAAUUGAAUCACUUGUUGAAGAAUUAUUUCUUGAAGAGAUUUUCAAUAAAACUAUUUAUUCUGAAUAUUAUUCCGAAUGUUUACCAUAUAUUUGUACUUAUGUUUAUUUUCAUCGAUUUAAUUGGAUAUCGGUUAUGACUGUUAUUAUUGCGAUUUUCGGAGGUAUAACAGCUGUAUUAUCUAUAAUCGCUCCUCUUAUUGUUCAGUUGAUUUUAUUUAUAAAAAAACGAUUUUUCUCAAAAGAAUCAGCAACAGAACAAGUUGCACAAGAUCAAAAUGAAACAAUUCGAACUCGUUUAAAAAAACUUUUCAAUACAGUUAAAAUUAAAAUCAUCAAUUUAAACUUAUAUGAUACCAACUCUCGAGAUUCAACACGUAUUUAUCAUGAAAUUCUUUCUACACGAUUAUAUCUUUUUUCAUUAUUCAUUUCCAUCAAUAUUUAUAUUUUAUAUGCUGAUUUCUCAAAUCAAACAGUUACUGAAAAAAUACUAAAUCCAUUUCAAUAUGAUUAUGAAAAUCUCGCAAAACGACAUUCAUCAAGAGUAACAUGUCCAUGCACUGAAAUAUCAAUUCUUUAUAAAGAUAUCAUCAAUAUUACGGUUGACUAUCAUCAAGUAUGUAGAAGUCAUUUUAUUCAAUCAUCAUGGUAUGAUCGUUUUUCAUUGUCUAAUACUCCUUACAGUAGUUCUUAUAAAAAUAUUGAAUUUUUGUCAAUUGCUGCAUCAAAGUUUCGAAUAUUAGAAACAUUUUGUUCUUUAGCAAAUGAAACAAUAAAUGAUGCUAAGAAAAGAUUUCUAUCAAGAAAUUUAAUUAAUUCUCAACUUUUAACAUCUAAUUUAUUUUAUUCACAAAUAAAUUCAUCGAUAGAUACGUUUAAGCAAUCAACAAAAACUGAAUUUCUCGAUCGAACAAAUUUAACGAAUGUAUUACUUCAUAGUAAUCAAUAUUUAAGUCGUACCAUAACAAAUACUCGUCUUAAAUCUAUUUUUCAAAAUAUGAGUACUGGAUUAUAUUCGGUCAAAAUGUUGAUCUUUCCUAUAUAUACUAUUAAUACAAAUAAUGAUAAAUGUUAUUGUGUUAUUGAUUCAACAUGCCAUUUAAACCAUACGAUUUAUGAUGAAGAUCCACUGUAUGGUGUUGGUAUGCACCUUGAAGGCGUACAUAUAGGUUGUUCAAUUAUUAAUACUGUAAUGCAAUCAUCAUUAAUAUGUUGGUUUAAUAAGAAUUGCAUCUAUCAAGUACGACGAUUUGUUGAAAGAUAUAAUAUUUCAGUACAUGAGAAUUCUACAAUUCUACUUGAUCGAAACUUAUCUAGCCGAUAUCAUCCAAAUACAACAAUUGAAACAAUUUUUAAUGAAAUGAUGAUUGAAGAAUGGAAUAUUUCUCGUUCAUUUGCCAGUUAUUUUUUGAAAUGUAAACCAUCAUUUUGUUCAGUUACAUAUGAGAAGAAAGCAAAUAUUAUUUACAUUAUUACUGUUAUUGUUGGUCUUAUUGGUGGAAUUAAUGUUAUUCUUAACUUGAUCUCACCAUUGAUUAUCAAGAUUAUUUUCAAAAUCAUUAAUAAGUUAAAGCGUCAAAGACCAUCACAAAAUCUAACUGAAGAACAAGAUAAUAAUCACCAGAACGAUGAAAUUGGUAACAAUGUUGUAUUUAAUCUAAUGAAACGACUAAUCAAUAGAUUAUUAUUAUUAAACUUAUUUGAUGAUGAAUCAACUCAUAUUGAAACUAUUCGUCGUCAAAGAAUAUCAACUCGAGUUUAUAUAGUGGUUUUGUCGAUUUCAAUGUGUAUUAUAGCAAUGUAUACAAUGUUCUCAGACAGACAUAAACCUCAAAUUUUUUUAAAUCCUUCUCAAAAUGAUUACAAUCGAUUAUUAAAAUCUUAUUCGGAAUUACUCAAAUGUCCUUGUAAGAAUAUUUCGAUCGAAUAUAAACAUUUUAUACAAAUAAAUACAACAUUUCAUGUAGUAUGUUCAAGUGAUUUUAUUAGUAAAAAAUGGCAUGAUUAUCUAUUCGGUAGGGCAAAUUGGUAUUAUUAUGAUCGACGCGAUAUUCGUGUACGUGGUGCUUCGUAUUCUUUAUUUUUAUCAAAAUUAUGUCAAAUUUCUCAAACAACGAUUAAUAAUGCAUUAAAUCAAUUUCUAAAUACAACAUUUAUUAAUACUCAUAUGAUAUCAAUAUCCGAAUUUGAUUCUCAAAUUAAUGAUAUUAUUUCACAAUUUAAGAAUAACACUUUAACAAUAUUUUCUCGACGUUUAAAACUUUUUCGUGAUAUCCUUAAUGGAAAUGCUUUUGUAUCUUCUUACUCUUUAAAUUGGUACUUUUAUAGAGAAUACAAUAGUACUUCUGAUAUAAAUCCUAUUCAACCAGUUAAAAUGACAAACAAAUGUUCAUGUGGAACACGAAGUGAUUGUAUCGAUCCAGGUGGAGUUUAUGAUACGUUGAAUAAUACAGCAAAAUUUCUAAUACCUGGAUGGAAUGUUGGAUGUUCCGUAGUCGAAACAUUAUUGCAUUCAACAUUUGAAUGUUUAUAUGAUCAAAUAUGUCUAAAUUCAUUAUUAUCUAAUAUAGAGCAAUAUACAUUUGAACAUUCUCAUUACAUAAAUAUAUCUGCAAUGAGUUUUUUAAAUCAUAGUCAUUUCAAACCAAAUACAACUAUUCAAAAUAUUGCCGAUGAAUUAUUUGUUGAAGAAUGGAACAAUAUUACGUCUUAUUCAUCAUUUUAUAAGCAAUGUAAUCCACAGGAAUGCUCUUAUAAAAUUGAAAGAGAUAAUUAUUUUGCUUCUAUAUCAUCAAAUAUUCUUGGUUUAUAUGGUGGAUUAACUGUUGUUUUACGAUUUAGCAUUCCAUUCGUAAUCGAAAUCAUAUUUAAAAUUCGAAAUCGAUGCCGACGAAACACAGUCGUUCCUACUGAAUAA